GUACAUCCUGUUCUCCAUUCAGAAUAUAAUACCACUCAGGGGGAAAAACUUGACAAACUAUCAUCAUCAAAUUCUUUAAACUUACAGAACAUAGUUAAAACAAUGCAACUGGGACAAGCAAGAUUUACAAAAAAUAGACAAAGCUAUACUUACGCAGUAUUUUUUUUUCUUUGUAUAAUAUCUUUCAGGCUAUAUAUCACUGGGAUCUUGGAUUAACUCAAGUUUCAAGCACUUUUCUAUGGAAUACAGGGGAAGCAACUGUCCUACAUGACAAUGAGCAAGACAAAGUCACACAAAGACAGGGCUGUCUCCUGUUUUUAUGGGGACGAUUAAGCAAGAGAUAAUCUGAAAAACGUGGUAACUGCUAUGAAGGAAAACAGGUCAAGGUCAGACAAAGUAAUGCCGCGGAGAAAAGAGUCAUCCAGGCUGCACGCAAGUGCAAAGACCAUGAGGUGGGAACAAGGUUGCAAUGUCUACGGAGCCCGACGCAGAGAGUCAGCAGUCCUGCCCCAGUACCUCCUCACAGGCUCACGGCAGUGGUACCAGUUCACAGAGCCCAGGUGGCUUCACCCAGUCCCGAGGCAGCUUCUCCCAGUCUCCCGGGCUUGCUUCACAGUCGCACGGGUCCUCGUCACAGUCCCCAAGCACAUCUAGCUCCUCCACCAGCACGUUGCCCACCUCCAGCCAGUCCUCUCAGUCCAGCUCUGGGACACUGAGCUCCUUAGAGACAGUAUCUACUCAGGAACUCUGUUCUAUUCCUGAGGACCAAGAACCCGAGGAACCUGUUCCUGCCCCUUGGGCUCGGCUAUGGGCUCUUCAGGAAGGAUUCUCCAAUCUUGAGUGUGUUAAUGACAGCUACUGGUUUGGGAGGGAUAAAAGCUGUGAUUAUUGCUUUGAUGAACCACUGCUAAAAAGGACAGAUAAAUACAGGACGUAUAGCAAGAAACACUUUCGGAUUUUCAGGGAAAUGGGUCCUAAAAACUCUUACAUCGCAUACAUAGAAGAUCACAGUGGGAAUGGAACCUUUGUAAAUACAGAGCUUGUAGGGAAAGGAAAACGACGUCCUUUGAGUAACAAUUCUGAAAUUGCACUUUCACUAUGUAGAAAUAAAGUUUUUGUAUUUUUUGAUCUGACUGUAGAUGAUCAAUCAGUUUAUCCCAAGCAAUUAAGAGAUGAGUACAUUAUAUCAAAAACUCUUGGAAGUGGUGCUUGUGGAGAGGUAAAGCUGGCUUUUGAGAGGAAAACAUGUAAGAAAGUGGCCAUAAAGAUCAUCAGCAAAAGGAAAUUUGCUAUUGGUUCUUUGAAAGAGUCAGUAGACCCAGCUCUUAAUGUUGAAACUGAAAUAGAAAUUUUGAAAAAACUAAAUCAUCCUUGUAUCAUCAAGAUUAAAAACUUUUUUGAUGCAGAAGAUUAUUACAUUGUUUUGGAAUUGAUGGAAGGGGGCGAGCUGUUUGACAGGGUGGUGGGGCACAAACGUCUGAAAGAAACUACCUGCAAACUCUAUUUUUACCAGAUGCUGUUGGCUGUCCAGUACCUUCAUGAAAAUGGGAUUAUACAUCGGGAUUUAAAGCCAGAGAAUGUUUUACUGUCAUCUCAAGAAGACGACUGUCUUAUAAAGAUUACUGAUUUUGGGCAGUCCAAGAUUUUGGGGGAGACCUCUCUCAUGAGAACUUUAUGUGGUACCCCCACUUACUUGGCUCCUGAGGUUCUUCUUUCUGUUGGGACUACGGGGUAUAACCGAGCUGUGGACUGCUGGAGUUUAGGAGUUAUUCUUUUCAUCUGCCUUAGUGGGUAUCCACCUUUCUCUGAGCAUAAGACUCAAGUGUCACUGAAGGAUCAGAUCACCAGUGGAAAGUACACCUUCAUUCCUGAAGUCUGGGCAGAUGUCUCAGAGAAGGCUCUGGACCUUGUCAAGAAGUUGUUGGUUGUGGACCCGAAGGCACGGUUUACGACAGAAGAAGCGUUAGGUCAUCCCUGGCUUCAGGAUGAGGACAUGAAGAGAAAGUUUCAGAAUCUACUGGCCGAGGAAAAUAAGCCGUUGGCUGUACCCCAGGUCACGCCCCAGCCUUCCACUAGUCGAAAGCGACCUCUCGAAGCAGAAGCUGGGGACGUCCAAGCCACAAAGUACCGGGCUGUGUGUGCUGCUGUGUCAUGAACACUGAUUGGAACGUGAAAGAAAUGUCUCUUCUUUUACUCUGCUGUCAUCUUGUUUCUUUAAGUCUUUUUUUUUUUUUAUAGCUGCUAUUUUAAUUAUGGGAAUGAGUGCUUUUCUACAAUCAUUGGUAUACAAUUAAAAAUCUGGUGGAACUUGG